CUCUUUUCUCCAAAGAGAAAAAGUCUCAAAAUUCUCUGGCGAGUGGCGAGCUCUCCGUGAAACCAUGGACAACGAAAAUUCCGGUCAUUGUUACUCAGUCACAGGCGUCUUCUGGGACGUGGAGGAAAUCCCAAUCCCUAAAGAUGUCAAUCUUCCUUCGAUUUCUGGUAAUAUCGAAUCAGCUCUUGAGAAGUUGGGUUUUUAUGCUCUUGAACCGGUCGAAUUCAUUGCUUUGGGUGAGAAGAAGGAUAUCGCCUCAAAAGGUGAAUGGUUCGAAGCCGACAUCUACUACGUAUCCGAAGGGGAUAAAGACACUCGAGUUAACUUAAUGUCAUUUCACAUUCUUAACUGGGCAUCGAGCUCUUUUAAGAGGCAACCAAAUGUGAUGUUAAUCUCAAGAAACCUCCCCGAUGACACAGAGUUCGUCAGGGUUUUUAACGCUUUGAAAUCAAGAGGUUUCAAUGUUCUCUUGGUACAGCCUCAUGAUGAGGCCGCAUCAAAAGAGCUCUUACGUAAUGCAGACUCAAUAUCUGACUCUACUAGAUUUUUUAAUGGAGGAAACCCUUUGGAUGACCAAAGUGGAAGCUCACAAGGUUCUCUAGUCUCAAAUUCUCUGGCGAUUGAAACCAUCAACAACGAAGAUUUCUCCAAGCCUAUCGCACGCGUCGAUGGGCCUAAGACAGGUGUCUUCUGGGACGUCGAUGAUUCAUCACUCCCUAAUGAUCUUGAUCCUCAAUCGAUCUAUCAGAGAAUUAGAACAGAUCUUGAGAAAAAAGAUUAUUAUAUUUACGAGAUGUCAAUAUGGGCUUAUGCUGAGAAGAUAACCUUAUCAGAUGAAUUGUUGCAUGAGUAUCGCAAGUCCAAAAUCUACUUCCUUCCCAAAGUUCCAGGGGAUAAAAAUGCGAGACAUAAUAUGAUGUUACAUGACAUUAGUUUAUGGGCAAUAGACACACCUGUGGCAUAUCCUGCACCAUCAAAUGUGAUCGUUAUCUCAAACAACAUCCAAGGAGACGAUGUCAAGACAGACGGCAUCCCAAGAGUCAUUGACUUGAUCUUUACUCUUGAAGGUUUGUAUUCGAGAGGUUACAAUGCUUUCUUAGUACAGCCUAAUCUGCUUGCACCAGAGAUGUCCCAAACCUCAGAAUGGCCAGGAUGCGUAUUAGAUGUAGGUAAAGUUACUGGCAGAUUUCUUCUAGCCCCUAGUCAGAUGAAGCGUAUGCGGAAGAAAGUUAAGCCAAGGCGAAUUCGUCAAGGCAGAAGAGCACUUCGUGAGGACUAGCUUCUCUGCGUAGAUCAUGACCGUUCUGUUUUUAUUCUAAUCUCUACUUCCUUAUUUGAAGCCUUAACCUAUAGAAUUAUUUAUAUUAAUUCUGUUUUCAACUA